AUGGAGAAGGAACACUUAGUCAGAGCCUUACAGGCCGCCUUCGAGAAGGUGGCGGAGUUGGAGGGGGAAAACUGGAGAUUGAAAGAGGCUGCGCAGUUCUUCGAGGCCGCUGCGGAAGAGAGGGAGAGGCAGUUGAAGGACCCGCAUCAGACGGAGCGUCCGCUGCACGUGUUGCACGGAGCGUCCAACGUGGCGAUGCCGCGCUUCCGCGGUUCCACCGCGGCUCCACUGCGACGAAGUGCCACGGAUCCGACCUCUUCCAGAGAGGAUGGUUCAAUGCCAGGGUCCCCGAUAGAUGCACCGGUGCACGCACGACCUGAAGCUGGGUAUCAAGCAGAAGUCCCUGAAGAUGAUUCUAGAUGUGAUGCUCAGUGGCCCAACUACCAUGUGAUCGCGCAUGGCUUUCAAAGCCAAUAA